GUAAACUUCCCCAUGAGCUCAUGGAGAAGGAGGCCUUCGAAGGAUGGCUGGAGUCCGUCUCUGCCUCCUUUCUCACACUGAGCGACCCGCAGAAGAACCAGUCGCUGGACCACCUGAUCGGCCUGAGCGGGGCCACCCAGCUGCGGCACCUCUCCACCCGCCUGGAGACCCUGCUCAAGAGGGACUUCCUGCGGCUGCUGCCCCUCGAGCUCUCCUUCUACCUGCUGCGAUGGCUGGACCCCUCGACGCUGCUCACCUGCUGCCUGGUGUGCAAGCAGUGGAACAAGGUGAUCAGCACCUGCACCGAGGUGUGGCAGGCUGCGUGCCGGGACCUGGGCUGGCAGAUCGACGACUCCCUGCAGGACGCGGCGCACUGGAAGGGGGUCUACCUGAAGGCCAAGCUGAGGAUGAAGCAGCUGAAGGAGCAGGAGGCGUUUGAGACCUCCUCCCUGAUCGGGCACAGCGCCAGGGUGUAUGCCCUCUACUACAAGGACGGGCUGCUCUGCACAGGGUCCGACGACCUGUCUGCCAAGCUGUGGGACGUGUGCACGGGCCAGUGUAUCUACGGCAUCCAGACGCACACCUGCGCGGCGGUGAAGUUUGACGAGCAGAAGCUGGUGACGGGCUCCUUCGACAACACGAUAGCCUGCUGGGAGUGGAGCUCAGGUGCCAAAAUCCAGCAUUUCCGGGGUCACACGGGUGCAGUGUUUAGUAUAGACUACAACGACGAGCUGGACACUUUAGUUAGCGGCUCUGCGGACUUCACCGUGAAGGUCUGGGCCUUGUCGGCCGGGACGUGUCUCAACACCCUCACUGGGCACACCGAGUGGGUGACCAAGGUGAUUUUACAGAAGAGUCAAGUGGAAUCUCUGAUGCACAGUCCUGGGGAUUAUAUUUUAUUAAGUGCCGAUAAGUACGAGAUCAAGAUCUGGCCGAUCGGGAGGGAGAUCAACUGCAAGUGUCUGAGGACCCUGUCGGUGUCGGAGAACCGCAGCGUGUGUCUGCAGCCCCGGCUGCAGUUCGAUGGCAGGUACAUCGUGUGCAGCUCGGACCUGGGGCUGUACCAGUGGGACUUCGCCAGCUACCAGCUUCUCAGGGUUAUCAAGACGCAGGACUCGGCCAACCUGUCUUUACUGAGCUUCGGGGAAGUCUUCGCCCUUUUCUUCGACAACCAUCACUUGUACAUUAUGGACCUGAGGACUGAGGCCAUAACGGGGCGCUGGCCUCUGCCUGCCUACAGGAAGUCCAAGAGGGGCUCCAGCUUCCUUCCCGGGGUGACAGCGUGGCUCAACGGCCUGGAUGGCAAGAACGACUCGGGCCUGGUGUUCGCCACCAGCAUGCCGGACCAUAGCAUUCAUCUGGUUCUGUGGAAGGAGAACGGCUAGGCCCACAGAACCCUCCUGGGCUCCCCCCCCCCUCCUCCCCGGGACAAGACGUAACUGGUGCUGCUUCUUUUAAACCCCGUGACCACGGCGUCAGAUGUUGCAUGAACCAAAGUUUUGCACCUGAAAAAAAAAAAUCAUCCAGCGCUCACACACACACACACGCACACACACACUCGCGCGCAGUUUCCUCUCUCACUCCCCAGCAAACUCUGUGGGACUCGCUUUUGAAAGGGACGAAGCGAAUACGAGCCAGCCGGCGUGCGUCCGGCCGCUGGGAGCCGCUGUCGCUUCUGCCACCUUCCUCACUUGUGCCCCUGGAGACGACCCGGACCGUGCAUUCGCAGCCUUGUCACUUCCAUCUUGCUGCACAGCUGUGUCUUCAUUGAUCCUGAAUUAUUCAGAACCUAACGACCUGGUUAUAAUUCUGAAGAUCAUGUAUGUAGUUAAGCUUCAGAUGGAAGUGCCAGGAUUGUGCUGUGUCCCUGGCUUGCCGGACAGACUGACUUGAAAAAUAAAAGCCUGGAGUGUAGGCUGAGCCCCUAUAGUCCAGACGUUGCCUACGGGAGAGUGAGCGAUGUUGUGUGAUGGUGUCAUACCGUUGUGCAGAGGCCCCCGGGACUGGGGGGGGCGGGUGGUCCAGGGAGUCCCGUGCUCGCCCUGCGAUCUGUCCAGGGGGCUUUCUGAUGAUGUCAUCAGUGGGAGCCCCCUCAGUCUGCUCUUGGCUGCUGGUCGGCUGCGUGCGCGGUGGGGCUCACGGGAGCACGCGAAGGGGGGCUGGCUCGGUGGCGAACGUUUCAAGUGAGCGAAGACGACGGGUGGCUGGCAGAGGGAAGGGGUGAGAUGUGUCUGUAAAUGGGAACGGAAACGGGGGCAAGUCUCGGACAAUCUGAACUACGGCAGAGGGUUGGCUUGCAGCUCCUGGGUAAAUGUCCCCUAGCUCUCCUGCUCUCGUCAGUGUGUCAGUGUGUCCCCGUCUCGGCUGGCAGUGUCUCAUAGCUCUGUGUCAGACAGGCUCCACCGUCUCAAGUCUUCCUGCAGUGCGCCAGACUCUGACAACCUCCUCCUCUUGGAUCAGCAGGUACCCCUGCAGCCUCAUGGUAGUAGUAUGGACAUGCUGUCUGUCUGUCUGCUUGUGUGUAUAUAUUUACACCCUGUGGAGAUUUCUCACGCUAAGGAUACUUACUGGGCAAAGACCAAGUUAAGCACUAAGCAAUGCGAUUUGUUCUUUACUAGGCAUUCUCCGACUAAUUCACGUUUUCGCAGUACAGUCGUUUUGAGGACUUUCAAGGAUUGUUUUGUUAACACAAGCAGUUACACACCGAACUUCGUUGAUGCCUCAUUUGUCCACACCUCUGGUGUGUCUCACUUUUAGUUCUCUUUGCAUGAGUGACCAGUUAUCUUUUAAAGGGAUGAAACCCCAAAUUUAAAAGGAUCUCUUUGGAGAAUUAAUAAACUCCAUCGAUCUUGGAGGUUUUGUUGGGUUGUAAUCAGUGUCUUUCCAAUUUGUCAUUGGAUGCCAAUAUAGAAAAGCUCACUACCUGUCCUCCUCAAGCAAAGGUUUCGAAUAUAUGUUUUAUACUCUAUAUAUGCUAAACUGAAGUGAUUUUUAGUAGAUCACCUGAAACAUACAUACAGUACUUUGUUUUAGCCCCUAAACCUCAAUUACCUCAUCUUGUGCCUUGUUCCAUCUGUUGUGAAUUUUAGAAAUUCCCCAGAAUCUUACCGAACUGAAACAAUGAUUGGGCCGUAUUCUAUUCGGCGUAGGGAUGGGCCUGUUCGUAAGAAGGUGCUCUGUAGCGAGGUGAAAACUGUUAACCAGAACGUUACCCUGUGAAGGAGGAGUGAUACAGAGUGGAAUGUAGAUUUAAUACAUUGUACAAUUGCCCUACCUUCACUCAUAAGACACCAAACAUGUUCUAAAGACCCAGACAAGUUAUGAACUUUAGUAACCUCAGCUUUAACUUAAUUUAAAGAGUUUGUUCAACUUGCAAGAAAUCUCUUGGUUCCCUAUUAAGUUCAGGAAUAUAACAAUAUAAAAAAACGUCCUAUCUUUUACUAAAAGACUAAAAAGAUUUAAAUUAGUCUUCUGGUAAUUGACUUUAUUUAAACAUCAGCUGGUUCCGUUAUGUCUUAUUCUUCAUCAAAUGACAUCUUAAUAUUUUCAGCAUGUCUAAAGACUCGCACAAGCUCAUUCUAUUCAGCUUUUGACUUUUUUUUUGUGUUCCUCCAUAAAGACUGAGUGGAUAUCAGAAAUUCCCAGUCUGUGUCCUGGAGGGUCCCACGCCUGGUUUCUAUUUAAGCUAAGCUUAAUUGAAGUCAUAAUUGAGCUAAUAAGUUGCUUAAUUUAAACAUUUUCCGGUUUUUUGUUUCUACUGAGCAGUUUGGAGUUUUCUGCUACUUAUGAAAUGCAGUAGUUAAGGGGGUGGAUCUAAGUAUGUUUAAGACGUGAAAACGGUUCACAUUAAGCCUGUUAUUAAAUUACUUAAGGGUUUAAUUAUGUAACUGAGCGGGGCUGGAGCAGGGAACUCCUCUUUUUCUUUAGGAGGAACAUUUCUCCCCAAGUCCUUCUGGUUCAGCCGUUCGCAGGGGGCCUGUCCAGGUAAGAGCAGACGGAACAGCAGUCGAGUAGGAGCGACAGUCACGGGUUUCUCGGUCAUCUCCUCACGUGUCCCGGGACUGUAAGACUUUCAAGCGAGAGGUAGAGGCGUCCGGUUGCCAAAUCAGGCUGCUGCCUUUUUCUUUAAAUACCACUAGCAUUGGAAGUAUGACCAUGUUUCUUUAUUAAUAUGAUGGCGUCCUUGGCUUUCCUCUGUCCUGGCGAAAACGCGUGCCCGUCCAAGCUGGUCGUAUCCCUGUCACCGAAUGCUGUGAAUGAUAAGUGCAUUUCCGCUGGCGUUGCAAAACUUUAACUGUUUACUGAAUGUCUUUAUUUUUACACUAUAUUUCAAUGUAUAUAUUAAAAAUGCUUGGAGAACCUCA